AUGAAGUCACUUGGCGGAAAUGUGGUUCUCACGGGAGAGGUUGUAAAAAAAGAAAUCGUUCAAGCUGCAGAUGAAUCCAAAACCCAAGUCGAGAGGUUAUUGAAAGAGUAGAUGGUUUGGAAAUGAAUCUAAAUGCUCAGCGUACGUACUAUUCACUUGCAGAAUCUGGUUAUCACAUUCGAUGGCUGGACAUCCAAGUGCUCGGAUUUGCAUGUGUUUGCGGCUUUCGUGAUCUUUGUCAAUAAUGAUUUUGAAAGAGAGAUCCGAGUAUUUCAAUGAUAUUGUUUCCAUUAGAACAUUGAUGUGUCAGCACCUAAACGGAAAGGCUACAGCUGAAUCUAUUUCGAGCUUGCUGUGCGGAAUACUUGAGGGAGUGAGUGUGCCUUCCUACCAAAUAUCCAGAGCAGUCACUGACGCCGGAACCAACGUAUUAGCCGCGCGCGUGCAGAACACAGAAGUGGACCCUGUGAGUAUUCAACCAAGCGUCUCGUAAAAAUGAGAACUUUCCAAGACGCCCUGCUUGUGCCACAGACUGUCUUUCUUUGUUUCAAGGACGUUUUUGCAGGCGCCACGGCGCGGCUUUUGCGACGUUCACCAAACGUAUGAUCCCGAGUCUGUGCAUUUUGGCACGCCGGUGUUGCUCUGCGUACAGUGCAUUUUAUGUUCCGCGCAAAAUUCUUUUUUUUAGUUUUUGAUGAAUUUUCUCCAAAUAUUCAUCUCUUUAAAGCGUUUUUCUCUACUUUCUACCUCAAUUCGACCUUUUUACAGAUUCCAAAUCAAAAAAUAGCUAAGAGAAACUCGACGUGAAGAAGAGAAACGCGUAAAUCAGUGAAAGUAAGGUUUCAUUCAGAAAAUGCACGAUUUCUCAAAAAACGUCUCUAGAUGUUCUCGUUUUUUUGGUUUAAAAAGUUCACUCACAUCACUUAUAACGUUUUCGAACCAAAAAGAAAUAGCGUGACAGGUGGUUUUUGCGGAAACAACCGAUCGUUUGCCGGAAAACAGUGAAAUUUCGUUGAAAAAAAGAUUUCUCAAAAAACGUCUCUAGAUGCAUCUGCCGGGCCAAUCGAGAUCUACGGCAAACUGUCGGUGACGCGCGGAGAUGCGGAAAUGGUGAGUUUUCUUUACUAGAAAUCAUGAAAAUAUUGAUUUUUCAGCGUUCGAAUCGGCGUGAUGGACUGGAAUAAGUGAGGAAACUUCCGUUCGAGAGUGCUCGCCACGUCGAUAGCUGCCUCCUCCGGCACAGAGCACAUCCGCGACGUCGUCAUUUAGAAGAGAGACAGUGCGAAUGCGGAAGACCGCGCUGCUGAAUGCGACAGAAAUAGCGGAGAUGGAGGACGUCGUCGCCGAAGAGUACGUCGGAAAGCGGGGUGACCGUUUGAGAGUACAUUGAUUUACCCCCCGAGAGUAUUGUUGUUAUUUUCAGGUCCAGAAAUCUCACACGGCGACCCAAUUGAAGCGGAUAUUCGGCACGCCAUCAUUGCACAGUAACAGCAGGCAGCGGUGAUGGGGCAUCCCCCGAGGAGGAAACCAUGAAGACGUGGAUUGCGAAGAAAUUAAUAAAACCGACCAGGGCAACCAGGGCAACCGAACUGCUCGAAAUUCGUCCGUGACGUUAUUGGAGAUUUGCAGAAGAAGGGACUCCACAAAACUGAGCUUUCCGCCGAAGAAGCCUUCGUUCUUUACAAUUCCGGUCACUUCACCCGCCGCUCUUACACUCUGAUCAGAAAGUUCUUCCGGAACGCCGGAGUUCCCGACCCCUUCCCUUCCCUGAAUGUCAUCAAGGAAAUGGAAGGCAAGGCAGUGUCUUCCGAUGAUUUCCGCGUAUUCACUGUACAAAGACAGAACAAAAAGGGAGAAAUGAAGGACGUAACAGUAUCUCACAUUGUCAACAUUCGAAACUAUUUGAACAAGCAUCUUAGUUUACUGGCGGAGGGUGGAAAACUGUUGUUCGAUGGCACCACCAAGGAUGAGAUCUGGCUCGGGCUGAUUGGUACGAAAUGAACUGAAAAGGGAGCGGGGAAUGAAUUCUUCAGGCGACAAAGGAUCAGAAGAGUUCAAAUUGGCCCUUGCAAUUGGCAACAUCAGUUGCCCGAAUUCUCACGUCAACCAAAUUCCAAUCGCCGUCUUCAAUGACGAUGAAAGCGCUGAAGCCAUCCUUUUUCAUCUGCAGGACCUCCUGAAAGAGCUGAACGAUCUGACAUCGGUCACGAUCGAUACGAAAAGGGGGAGCCGAACGAUUGCAGUACGUCAAUACCUGGUUGGCGAUAUGAAGUUCCUUCAAGACAUGCUCGGACACCACGGCCAUCAGUGCACUUACGGAUGUGCGCUGUGUUAUUUCAAAGGAAAACCAACAGUUGGUGAAUAUGUCCGUGGACAGAAUUACGGGAUGCGAACGGAAGCGGGGUACGAGAGGGACAGUAAAAAAGGGACUCCUAAAGAUCGGAAGGGAGUGAAACCGAACUGGAAGUUCGUGUUCAAGUUCAUCCGUUUGCUGCGUGUAGUCCCCCAGCCUUCACACGAUCAUGGGAUCCGCACAGCACUAUGGGUUCGACUAUCUGCUGUCCUACGCCAAUUCCUUGGACAACGACACUAAAUUCGCGGUGGAAUCGACCAAGAUGAAGACGGAAAGAAAGGCGAAAGGGGAAAUUGAUCGAAUGUCGUCUGUAGUGCAAACAAUGGCUGAUCACCUAGAAUGUCUGGAGUCUGCUCGGCCGGCUGUCCAAUCCUGUACGUCCAGAUAUGUGAAUACGGUGGCAACUCCGUCAUGCCGCCGUUUAUUCUCGCUGACAACGGAUUCGGCCUGUCCAAGCACGUGAUGCAGCCAUAUGAGACCACAAUCGUACUACGGAGAACAUGGACUUCAUUGAUAAGAUUUGCGGAACGCGCGUCAAGAUUGAGAAUCUGUUUGGGAUUCUGACUACAAAGUUCCGCGUCUUCCGUCGCGCUCUCAAUCUCUGCCCUGCGUCUUCUCAAGGUCUUAUUUUAGCUCUUAGUGUGAUCCAUAACCUCACAGUACCGAAACGUGAGGCUGUUCAGUUCGAUUAUGAAACACCCAUUCUCAUCGAUCCGUACAAAACUGCGGAAGACCAGCGUACCGCCCUUAAGAAAUAUCUGAAGACUAUUGAACAAUAA